AUGGUGAUGUUUGGUAAUGCUGCUGCCUUGGCAAGGUGGGUGCUCCGGAGAGGGCUGUGGGGACUGAUGCUGCUCUUGUCCGUAGUUAUAUAUGGCUCUCACGCCCCACUCCUGACCCAGAGCAAGGUGGACGGGAUGAUCCCCUUCAGCUCCACGUGCAUGGUGGUUCUUGUGGAGCUGACAAAGCUGGUGGUGUCCCUCCUGUUCCUGCUGCCCUGGGACCGGGAGCUACUGGGAGCUGCUGUGUCAUGGCGCCACGUUGUCCCGUUCGCCCUCUCUGCCCUGCUCUAUGCUGCCAACAACAACUUGGUGGUUCACAUGCAGCUCUUCAUGGAUCCCAGCACCUACCAGGUCUUGAGUAACUUGAAGAUCGUCAGCACUGCGCUCCUCUACAGCCUCUUCCUGCACCAAAGACUCAGCACACGCCAGUGGCUGGGCCCUCUGCUUCUGGGGGGUGGGGCUGCUGGGGUGAGCUACAGCUGCGGGGGCCUGCAGGACCCUGGCAGCCCCUCCGAGAUGAAGCUGCACAUCACACUGGUGGGCUUGGUGCUGAUCUCCGUGUACUGCCUGAUAUCAGGCUUGUCUGCUGUCUACACAGAAGCCAUCCUGAAGAGCCAGGUGCUGCCUCUCAGCCUGCAGAACCUCUUCCUUUACUUCUUUGGGGUCCUGCUCAACUUGAUCGGCUACUUCUGGAGCAGCCCAGAGGGUGGUUUCUUGGAGGGCUUCUCUUCCUGGGUACUGGUGAUUGUGGUCAGCCAGGCCCUGAAUGGCUUGAUCAUGUCUGUGGUGAUGAAGCACAGCAGUAACAUCACCAGGCUCUUCAUCAUCUCCUGCUCUAUCCUGGUCAAUGCCCUCCUGUCUGUCACCCUCUUCAAUCUGCAGCUCACCCACCUCUUCUUCAUUGCUGUCUCAUGUAUUGGCCUUGCUGUUCAUUUGUACUAUGGGCUCACAUAG